AUGACGGACGGCGAUGUUGCUGAGGAUUUGCGAUUACCACAAACUGUGAUUGGUCGUUUGGUAAAAGAAGCAUUACCGCCUGGCGUUAUCAUUUCUAAAGAUGCGCGAACAGCAAUAGCACGCUCUGCUGCAGUUUUCAUUUUGCAUGCUGCAACGUAUGCUCAAGAAUGUGCAGUGUCUAACAAACGCAAAACGGUUACUGCGGUGGAUGUCUUAAACGCUGUGCGAGUUUUGGAAUGCGAAGAAUUGGAGAAACCGGUAAAAGAAGCAGUAGAAAUAUGGAAAUCCAACAAACAGCAAAGAAAUGAGGAAGCCAAAAGACGAAAAGCGGGACGUGUGCAAAAUAGUGAUCCAGCUGAGAUUCUAAAAAAUGUUUCGCAGAAAAGUGGAACUUCUACAUCUGGUCUUGCCAGUUGCACGGAUAAUACCGCAUCAGGUGAACCCGAAGCGAAGAAAAUAUUGUUAGACGUUAUGGAUGAUGAAAGCUAA